AACAAAGCUAAGGUGAGAAACACAGCACUGAACCAAGUUUGAUCUCAAAUUAUUCCUACUGGCAGCAAUGAACUCUAGCGUUUUGGCAAGUAACUAUGCCAUCGCUGGCAGCAGUGCAAUACUGGCUGAAGGCAAUGGGAAGAUGACCUCCAUGCCCCAGAGGGUAGCCAUGCCUGUGAUCAGGGCACAACAUCAAGAGUCGCAAAGCGUUGGAGGAAGAAGAGCUGCGCUGCUCCUCCUCACCGCCACUGCUGCUGCCGUUGCCUCCAACCCCAUUGCCAAUGCCGGCGUCAUUGAUGAUUACCUGGAGAAGAGCAAGGCCAACAAGGAACUGAAUGACAAGAAGAGGCUGGCAACAAGUGGAGCAAACUUUGCAAGAGCAUUCACUGUUCAGUUUGGGACUUGCAAAUUCCCAGAGAACUUCACUGGUUGCCAAGAUCUUGCCAAGCAAAAGAAAGUGCCAUUUCUCUCUGAAGAUCUGAGCUUGGAAUGCGAAGGCAAGGACAAGUACAAAUGCGGUUCCAAUGUAUUCUGGAAAUGGUGAUCGGAGAAGGCAUGCGCAUCAGCAAUCUCUUUUUCGCAACCUUCCUUCGACAUGUAUCUAAUUAAGUUUCUUGUUAAGUAAAAAAGUUUCAACUCAUGAUCUGC